AUGAAACGAGCGCCAUUACUGCAGUUUGUUAGGAAAUGUAGUAGCAGACCAAGUUCAUCAACCACUCCACAUUCAGCUGUGCGACCACACAUUUUGCGAACUGCUACACAGACAAAAGCGUUCCCUUAUGUUGAACAGCUUACGAACUAUCUGAAGAACAAUUUUAUACUACAUGAGCCAGGAAGAUUUCUUAUCAUUCCUAAGCCGUAUGGUGUAUCCUGUGUGGGCGAACCUCAGAAAGAGGGUGGCGUUUUCGAAAAUAGUGUUUAUGAUAGAAAAGAUACUGAUGAUACUAUAGUGAGGAGACGUAACGAAAGAGAGGUAACGAUAUCCGAGUGCCUACCUGGGCUCUCUAGGCACUUUAAUGAACCGAAUCUAACGUUUUGUACAGGACUGAAGCGGUACCUUUCUGGAGCUAUUGUGCUACCAGCGAACGUGAACGAUUUUGAAAAUAUGAAGAAGAGCAUCAAAUAUACGUUGCAUCAGCCACGCGACGCCAAGUAUCACUACAACGGACUAGCCAUACUAAUGGGCUCACCGCCAUCGUCUUCUGGUACGCUGUCAGGAUAUGCAACAUUUCAAUCAAACGGCAAAUUGUCAGAGUAUAUCUUCGUGGAAAAACCGAGUACUAAACGUGCUCGAAGUGGAAAAUUUGCAGUAGCUGGCACAAUGUCUUGGCAAGUGCUCUCGCGAAAGCACGGAUGCACCCUUGUAGAAUUUGGAACGAAUAAGUUCGCUCGACAUCUUCCACGUUUGAUGUUUUCUCAUAUGCUGUGCCCGAUACUCGGGGAUGAGCUCUACUGCAGUCGUUUGACCGAUUUGGACGGACAUGUGGCUACGAUUCAACCAAAAGAUUUACAUCGUAUACGAGGGAAACGGUAUGUUCCUACUGCCUUUUCCGAGCGUCUUGGUAUACCUGCGGAGGAACUUGGCAAAUUGCCCAUGUACUGUCACAUCCACUCUACGGUUUUUCCUCGCUUUGGCUGGAUAAUUGGACGACCCAAGAGUGAGCAGGAUGUUGCCGAUCUCUAUGCAAAUGCUCCACCGCCACAACACUUCCUUGCUAUGGUACAAGCAUUGGGAAUGAGCGCUGACUUGGAACGAUACUUCCACGAAGACGAAGGUGAAGAUCAAGCUUGCGAAGGAUUGCUCGGGGCUAUGACCUACAGACUACCGGUCCACACAAUCAUUUGUAUAGCCCUCAUAGCAUCUUUUGUGCCUAAUGCUGUCGCAGACGUCAAAUUCAAUUUCCGACAGAUAGCUGGCCGCUGCUGCUCAGCAGAAAGGGAAACUUGCUGUGAGCAGGCUAUCAAGAACAGGCAACCGCUAAAUUGUUCAAUGACUUUAGAAGCACUGGUCGCAUUAUCUGAUUGCAUACAAAAGGAAAUGUUUGGAGCGAGAAGCUUGGAGCUGGCGAGAAUCCAAGAUGCUGAAUGCUGCCAAGUUUUCGCAAAUGAAUUGCUCGAUCCAGGAGGAACGUGCGUUGAGACUUGUGUCCGCGCACUUCGUACACCGUCGUUGAGAUCAGUUGAUACGCUUCGGACCAUUAAAUCUUGCCGAGCAGACAAUGAGGAUUACAAAUGUUUUCGAAGAUGUCAGUCAUUUCUGCGAACCCGAAACAGCAGCGCUGACGUCUUUCCAUAUUUGGCAGUAUGUGACCUCUCAAGCCGUCUAGAGAAAAAUGUCCUGUAUAUAGGUCCUGAUCUGGAGGAAUAGCAGAGUUUCCAGCAUUUUCGCCAAUAUUCUAUCAUAUUUCGCAUGUUCUAAAUCUAUCAGCAUGCCAAAAUACUUCCCCUUUUUCUCCUACUCCUAGACAGGUCUUGUCUUAAUUUCAAUUCUUUAUUACUUACCUGCUUUUGCAUUGUUCGUAUACUUAUUAGAUGGGAUGGUCUAAAUUAAGCUGGAUGAUUUUUUCCUUCCCUCCAUCCUACACGUCCUCUUCAAAUCCCUACGCAGUAGGUGUCAUAAAGCAUGUGAAUGCAUGUACUUUUUAUCUUCGCUCUAGAAAAGGGACAGUCCACCCCCACAAACUCCGCCUGCGCGAACAUCUGCC